AUGACUGCGUCCGCCGCAGCAUCUGCAAUGUUCAACCUUACCGAGGAUGGACAGCCAAUUUCUGUUCCAAUAUUCACUGUUCCCAAGAAAGACGAUUACCUUUGUGUUCCUCGCCUUGAAUGCCCAUUUGUAUUACGAGAAAUGACAGAGCUCCUAGGAAUCUCAGAUACUUCACCUCCAUUGCAUAUUAUUCUGCUCGAAUUGUUCAAGCAAGGAAUCAGAACGUCUGAACUAUACGCAUGUGAUUGGGGAUCGGCUGUAUUUGUUCGAACCACUCUUUCUUGA